AUGGUCAUCAACUGGUUCAGUAUAAGCAAAGCUGUUGCCGUGAGGUGUCUGCUUACCUUCCACGCAAUCAUGUGUUUCUGGAGAGUGGUGCUUGACCUCAGGGAUUCGAACUACUGGCUGCUCUUGUGUGGUCUCCUGCCGCUGGUUUGUGAAACCUGCUACACUUUGAUCAGGCGUCAGGGGGUUGAGUUCCCUAGGUUUACGCCCUGCUUUCUCUGCUAUCUGAUGGCGGUUCUGCCAGGCAUAUGGCUCUUGGAACUCCACAAGACAGAUCAAUACAUUUGGUCCAAGAAUAACAAUACACUACAGGCUGAGGAACAAAAUAAGUCCUCUGAAUUUUUUAUCUUCCAUGAGAUGUUAGAUUCCAAAACCUGGCUGAUUGUCAUUGAAGAGAUGUUAACUUACGUCAUGUUUGCCAGUCGGUGGGUUCUGCCCAGAGGGCGAGUCCGCAGAGAGGAACUUGCAGAACUUCUGUUUGCUUUUAUCGAAAUCGCCGCAGAUAUCAUGGAGUUUUUCUCUCUGAUUGGCGAAGACGUCAUUAGAAAAGAUAAGACAUUGUCAUUUUGGGUUCUUGGUAUCUGGUCGCUGUCCAUACUUCAGUUCACAAUGACUGUCACAGUCAUACACCAGCCCAAGAAGGAGAAAAAGGUCACGGUCGUUGUUAUAGAGUCAGACACUGACAAGCAACGGGAGCGGGUUCGACACGAAUGUUUUGCUAUUUUCCUGACUAUGGCCAUGCAAGAUCUGCCAUUUGCAAUUAUGCGACUAUAUACUAUCAUCAAGUUCAGCUACAUCAACUACAGCUUGAUUUUCUUCACUUCUAAAAAUUUGAUUAUCAUUAUGCUGCUUUUGUACAAAGUGAUUGCUGUGUGUAAGAACCAAUACCGGCAACAUGCUGAAGAUCAUGCUGGCGACACCGUCAAGAGAAAAACAGCAAAAACUGAUGGGGCAGAGAAAGGGUUCAAUAACUUACAAAACAUCUUUGCCACAUCGAAGCCUGGCGGGGUAGGUGAUCAAAAAAUAGAAGACCGUCAGAAUGAAGAGCACACUGAAAGCAAUCACAGUAAUGAAAGUGUAGAUUAUGUCCUUGAAGAAAAGAUCCCGUAA